AAGCGUUCUAGGCAUAUGGGAAUUUCAAAAUAUGCUCUAUAGUUCAAUCUUCUUAAACCACGAUAAUUCUUUUAAUUUGAAUGAAACAAAUGAUCUACCUUUACCAGAAUCACAAUAUGUGUUAGUCAAUCAUAGUAACCAAAUAGAACCUGAAGAUGAUGGAUCUGAAGCUACCACCAAUUCUGAUAAUACUGGAGUUGUUAUACGGCCAAUUAUUUCUGGUGCUAGCUUUCUUUCUUGGAUGUCACUUGAAAAAAGUAUUGAACAUUAUGGAAAGAAAAAUGGGUUUAAACCAAUAAAAGGAUGGAAAAAUAUGGGCGAUAAAACUGGAAAUAGAGAUUCAAACCCAAAACAUA